GGCAAAUAAAAACGCGUCUUCAGCUUUAUCAUUUUUGUGAUUAUACAUGUUAUAUAUGUUUCUUUAUGUUAUCCAUAUUGUACAACGUAAAACAAGUCAAUGUGUUUCACGACUUAGGCUACUUUCGUUUUGAGAGAAAUCACGAGUUUCGUUUAGGUAAAAAAGCAGCUCCCAGAUUUCACGUUCGUUUACCCCAGCAAACCGUGCUGUGUUCAUCAGAUGUGGCGAUGUUGUGUUAUUGGGGAGCGAAGGUCCGGGAGGGCUUCGGUUUGAUUCAGCCUGACAAAGUAAAACAUUUGAAUGAUGGUAUACGCUGUGUGUGUCCAACAUCAGAAAUUCAGGACAUUUCCGUAGGAAGAAACUUUGUGGGAUUCAUCCGGAAUGGGAAAGUUUCGGUCUCAAGAUUGUGCGGCGAUGACCAUGAUGGCGAACUAAAACAACUAGAGACGGAGAAUCAGGAAAUCACAUUGAUUGUCUGUGGUGGGGAUGAUCCAUUUCUACUUGCUCAUGGAGGGAAAGUUAUUAUUAUGGAUGAAUCCACUAACUGUCGACCUCUCAAAGACCUGGCCAACAGACAUGUGAUUCAGAUCACAAGUGGAGACCAGCAUUCAAUGGCACUGACACAGGAAGGUCAGGUGUUUGUCUGGGGUGAGAACUCUCAUGGUCAGCUGGGUCUGGGUGAAGGUGGAUCUGGAUCUCAGACUCCUCAACACGUUCAGUGUCUGGAUGGGGUUCCACUGGCUCAGAUCAGCGCUGGAGGAGAUCACAGCUUUGUGUUGUCUCUCUCUGGUGUUGUGUUCGGUUGGGGGAAGAACUCUUCUGGACAGCUGGGCCUGGGAGACACCACAGACAGGCAUGUGCCCACAGUUGUAAAAAGCCUGAAUGGAAAAAAAACUCAGUUCAUCUCGUGCGGAGGAGAACACACUGCAACUCUGUCAAAGGGAGGCACUGUUUUCACAUUUGGAUCCGGUGUAUUUGGUCAACUUGGGCACAACUCAUUUAAAGAUGAAUAUCUUCCAGGAGUGGUUGCUGAACUUUGGGGCUCUGAAGUGUCACAGGUCACAUGUGGGAGACAUCACACACUUGUGUUAGUGGCACCAUCAAAGCGGAUCUACUCAUUUGGAUGUGGGAUGCAAGGGCAGCUGGGAAAUGGAAAAAUGACCAACCAGUCUGUGCCAUCACCCGUACACCUGCCAGCUGAGUUUAAUGAUGAAUUUGUGUUUGGAAAACUCAUUGUUGGUGAGCACCAUUCCUUUGCCCUGUUUUUCAAGCAACUUGGACAUGUACCACCAAAACCUGAGUCCAAUCCAAACAGAGGGAUUUUAACAUUGGAUGACAGAAUGAUUGACCAGUGGGUGUCUGAAUGUGAUAACAAAAUAAACCAAGUGUUUUCAUCUGCUGCCUGUUUGAAUGGAAGUUUUCUCAAAACAAGUUGUGAUGAACAUUAUCAGACUUCUGCAGAUGUCUGUGGUUUGGAUUUUGAUCUGGUUAAGAAAUCGUUUGCAAAAUUAUCAGAGAACAAAACGGUGAUGUCAAAGGUUGUGAAGACGGUUCGGGAUAAACUGUUUCCCUCUCUUAACCCUAAAGAGGGUUUCACUAGCGUGGAAGCUCUGAGAGUUUAUCUUCUCCUCCCUGAGCUCAUCAGAGUCUGCCAGGAACAACAAAGAGUCCAUCUCCUUGAAGCACUCACCUCCAAAAUUCUUCAGCUCAAACCUGACGCUCUUGAAGUGUUGGAAAAUUACUGGUCUAAACUGCCUGAAGAUUGUCUCAAAGACUUGGUGAAGUUAUUUCGCAAUACAUCGGCUGUGUUGAUUGGCGAAAUUUCAUCUGGUGAAAUGAUUUGUGAUGAGAGGAUACAUCUGAAGAAACUUAUGCAAGUCCUUCAGAUGAUCUAUAAGGUCUGCUGCAGGACCCACAAUGACAUGACAAGCAGAGAUUUCAUUAUUCACAAGGUCAACGAUCUUCUAGAUAUUCUGCAAGCCACCCUGGUAGAUGCUGAGUCGUGGUUACUCGGUGAUUUUGAUGAAAUGCUUGAGCGGAAAGAUCACUUUGUUAAAACUAUUGAAAUGUUGGUCAGUUUCCCUUUUGUGGCUGAAACUGUAUCUAAAUGGAGAAUUUUUAAAUUCUUACAGGACCCAGUCAGCAAGAAGUCAAUUCCAGACCCACAUGACUUCAUGUUGUUUUGGACUGGCAGCACUUUGCACAUAAACAGGAAUUCAAUAUUGAAGGACACACUUCAGUAUCUCAGACAAGGCAACCACUCAUUUCAGCAUCUGUUGAAGGUGAAGUUUGUUGGUGAGGAUGGGAUAGACGAAGGGGCUCUUUCUGCCGAGUUCUUCUCCUUGCUUUCACAAUCUUUUCUUACAUGGAAGAAAAAGCCGCUGAAAGUUUGUGAGAAUUCACUGGUGUGGUUCAAUGCUGAGUAUACACACAAUGAAGAUUUUUACUAUCUUGGCGUUGUCUGUGGAAUGGCGCUGUUUAACCACUUUUACAUGAGCAUUGAAUUCCCACUGGCGUUGUUCAAGAAACUACUGGACCAGAGCGUCACUCUGAAUGAUCUAGAGGAAAUGUCCCCUGUGGAGGCCAGAGGUUUGAAGGAUCUUCUUGAGGAGGGAGAGGAAGUGGUGGAGGUGCUUUUCCAGAAUUUUACGUUCAAAGGGCAAGAGCUCAUUCCAAAUGGAGCUCAGAUUCCAGUAACCACAAUUAAUCGACAGAAGUAUGUGGAUUUGUAUGUGGACUUCAUUUUCAACAAGUCAGUGAAGAACCAGUUUGAGCCGUUCUCUGCGGGUUUCUCUGAAGGCUGUCCGGUCAAAGCCUGGAAAAUGUUUCACCCCGAAGAACUCAGAGAAGUUUUCAAUGGUUCUCCUGAGUAUGAGUGGGAAGACCUUCAGAAGUGUGCUACAUAUGAACACUGUUCUCCCUCUGAUGAGCUGAUCAAGAAUUUCUGGACCGUUUUCGUUGAGUUGUCUGAAAAAAACAAAAAGAAAUUUCUGAUUUUCAUGUAUGGAACGGGCCGUGUACCUGCUGGAGGUCUCUCAAAGCUGAAACUGAAGAUUGUGCAGAUGAACAAUCCUGAUUCAGAUGAUCUUUUACCAGUAGCCCAGACAUGCUUUGGCAUAUUAUAUCUUCCCAAAUACAGUGACAUCGACACACUCCGUCACAAACUAAUACAUGCUAUCAGCUUUUGUGAGGUUUUUGGACGGGCAUGAAUUUUCCUCUUAGUCAGCAAUGUUAAAAUAAGCUCACCCCAGAAUGUACAUUGUCCAUUGUAUGUUUGAGCAUUGCAGUGUCAUGGACAGGAUCAUGACAGUCCCAUGUCUUGUGUUUGGAAGCACAUGGCCAUUGUUUGAUUCUUUGUGCCAUGUGCUCCCGUCUUAGCCCCGCCCCUUGUUUCCAUAUUCAUUAUCAGUUCACACCCUUCACCUGUUGCCCUGGUUAUGACUCUUUUGUUCCUCUCUUAUUUAAUGCCGUUGUGUUUGCUGUCCUGUGCUGGACCGCUUGUCUUCAUCCCUGUCUUGUCCUGUUGCCCUUGGUCUGUUUUUAAGUUAAGUUUUAUUUUGUUAAAGUAUUUUGUUGAUGUUUUUCCCUUGAGGGAUUUUGAGUCAUCUUCUGUCUUCAUGUUAAAGUGUUUUUGCUGAGAGCUGUCUGCAUUUGGGUUCUGUUUCAUGACAUGCAGACUAUCAUGAACUGGGUACUUUAAAUAUAUAUGUUUUGUGCUAAAUGUAUGUGCAAUAUAAUUACAUAGGGUAACUGUACCGUAGGGUAAAGAGCAAAUUAGCCUAUACAUGAUAUACUCGUUUAUUUAUUUUUAAUGUCUUUAUAUGUGUAUUGACAAUAAGUACACACAAAUAAAAUGUAAUUCUCACAUGAG